AUGCGCUACUUCUACAACCUACGAUAUCAUCGACGUGGUAGUAACGUCGCUUUCCUCAUGCUCGGAGGAGCAGGAGUUCAAGAAAUUAUGUGGGUACAUCGGGAAGAAUUUCCAUUGCCGUGCGCGUGCUGGGCAAAGGAGAAAGGAGCGCUCAUAUUUGCCCUUGAACAUCGUUUCUAUGGAAAGAGUCGUCCAACCAACCACAUGUUCGUGAAGGAUCUACGACUUCUCAAUAGUCGUCAGGCAAUCGAAGACAUCGCUACGUUUGUAGAAAAAAUGAACGAAAAGCAUAAACUCAAACAUCCACGGCCGGCGCGCUCAACUGACCACCGCAAACAUCGGAUCCGUCUUCGCGGAUCGUAA